GGUGAAAUGUCAGCAGACUCUACUGUGGGAUGCCCUUGCGAGUGCACUUCAAAAGGUUGCACAGCAGGGUCUGUAUUCGCAGGGAUCAUUGUAGGGAUUCUGUUGACUUUUCUUAUCCUCCGCGGCAAAUGGAACUGGAUCAAGAUUAAAUUAUUUAACAGAUUCUUUCAAAAACCAAAAGCAGUUUCCAAUGCAGCUUACGAGCCAGAUUUUAACUUUGACCAGAAUGCUUGCGAAUUAGGUAAAAAGGACAGCAGUCCAUACACAAACGUUGUGAUCAACGCAGGACAUGGAGUGGAAAUUGUAGACACUCCACCAAACGAGGAGAAUUCAGGGCAGGAGGAGGUCUACGCUGUCAGCCUCAAGAAAUCUAUGAAACAAUCAGGAUUGUCGGAAGACAUUGUCCAAAAAAUCGCCAGUCUGCAUGGAAACAAAAUUAUAGCCAGGAAGUCAGAGGAAUUCGAGGAUUUUGUAGACAUCGAAAAAAAAUCGGAUGAACACAUGGCGGCUUCCCGCUCUGCAACUCUCCCAGUAAUGACAAAGAAAGGCGUGUCAAUCCUCAAGGACGACAAAAAGACAUCUCUGGGUAAAAACAGCAGUAAAGUGAAAAGUAAGAAGUGUACUAAAACAGUCAGCAUCUCCGAAGACAACGAAUCGAACAAACUAGAGGAAAAAGAGGACUUAAUGACAACAAAAUCUGCUUUUGUGAUGACCGAAGCUUCCUCUAACGGGGAUUAUUUUGUGUUAGAUAAGACCUUCUGCUGAAAACAACCUCCAUAUUUUUGUUAUGCAUCAAAUUAUUUCUUUUGGCUAUAUUUGGCGUAUUUGGAUAAGAACUUUAUAACAUGCGUAAUACAUUACAAAACAUUUUUAAGCUUUGUAAUCUACAAGCUUUAUAUCAUCAUUUCGAUUUAUUUUUCGCCAUAGAAGAAAGGGCAGUUAACAUAUCAUACAUGUAUAAUAUAUGAAAUUAACAAAAAAAGAAAGUUGACGUAGGAAUAUUCGUAAUGGAUGUAUCUAAAGGUUUUUUCAUGUAAAAUAUUUUAAUUUUUUAUCGACAUUUAAUCUUUUAUAAGAUUUUUUCCGGUUUAGAAACGGGUUUGAAUGCUAGUCUUGACUUAAAUAUUUAAUGUAAAUAUCUGCUAUAUUUGUAUGUCAAAGCAAGGUAUUUCCUAUUAACCAUUCAUUUACAUAUAGAUAUACGUUUAAUUAAGUACAGUUGUUUUUACAUGCACACGUGACUCUCACUUGCUCUUGAUAGUUAUGUUUAUGUGCUAAAAA